UUCUCCGGGAGGUUUUUGAUGUGACUCCAGUGCCUGCUAAGCACAACAACAUUGGCUCUGCUGUCUUGCCUCUUUGUAGCCAAGUUGUAUCAUUUAAAACGCCUCCUUCUCUACCUCCAUACCCACUAAAUGGCGGGGAACUUCUGGCAAAGUUCUCAUUAUCUGCAGUGGGUUCUGGACAAGCAGGACCUCAUGAAAGAGCGCCAGAAGGACCUGAAGUUUCUCUCGGAGGAGGAGUACUGGAAGCUGCAGAUUUUCUUUGCCAACGUGAUCCAGGCUUUAGGGGAACACCUGAAGCUUCGGCAGCAGGUUAUAGCGACUGCAACCGUGUACUUCAAGCGCUUCUAUGCCAGGUAUUCCUUGAAGAGUAUUGACCCGGUGCUCAUGGCUCCUACCUGUGUUUUCUUGGCUUCUAAAGUUGAGGAAUUUGGGGUUGUGUCCAAUACCAGGCUAAUCUCCGCGGCAACAUCUGUGUUGAAAACUAGAUUUUCCUAUGCCUUUCCAAAGGAGUUCCCUUACAGAAUGAAUCAUAUAUUAGAAUGUGAGUUCUACCUCCUGGAGUUGAUGGACUGCUGCCUGAUUGUGUACCACCCGUACAGACCGCUGCUGCAGUAUGUGCAGGACAUGGGACAGGAAGACAUGCUGCUGCCCCUGGCCUGGCGAAUAGUGAACGACACAUACAGGACGGACCUGUGCCUGCUCUACCCUCCCUUCAUGAUUGCCUUGGCCUGUCUGCACGUUGCGUGCGUGGUGCAGCAGAAAGAUGCCAGACAGUGGUUUGCAGAGCUCUCAGUGGACAUGGACAAAAUCCUGGAGAUCAUCCGUGUCAUUCUAAAGCUUUAUGACCAGUGGAAGAAUUUUGAUGACAGAAAGGAAAUCGCUGCUGUGCUGAACAAGAUGCCUAAGCCCAAACCCCCCCCGAACAGUGAGAGUGACCAGAGCUCCAACGGGAACCAAAGCAACUCCUACAGCCAGUCCUAGCCACGUAGAGAAGGGGGAAUCUUUUGAAUGUCGCACAGGCCUACCUUUGUGACGUUAGCUGAACCCCCUCCUCCCCUCCUUCCCUCCUCCCCCCCCCAAAAAAAACCCAACCACAUUUCAGCCCACCAAGAUGCCCCUUUGUCUUUGACCAACACCGAGAGCCACGUAUUCACUCUUCCCUCCUCUGGUCAUGGUGGUUUCUGGUUUGGGCGAGUAGCCACUGAAAUAUCUGAAUGAGCCUCUGUACUCGGCUCCGGACUUGAAGUCAACUUAAAACUGAGGAACAUGCGAGGGGGCUCUCGGGGGGGUGAGCUGUGAAUAUGGCGAGGAAAUGAUAAACCAGAUGUGAUGGUUUGGAGGAAACCUGCUUUUGUCAUUUUGAUGAUCCUGACAAUCUUGAACAGCCCCGAGGAGCAAAUCCUUUCAUGUCCUCCGUGGGAUUCGAGAAAACUUGAUCACAAGUACUGUGUGUGUGUGUGUGUCUGUGUGUGUGUGUGUGUACACAAUGUGAGUGGCCGGUCUGGGUGGGUUUUCAUUCCUCAGGGACUUUAGUAGUCUUUCUUCUCUGUAAAAAUGCUUGGAUGCUGGUCGGAUGUGAUUGGAUACCACCGCGUUUACGCUGCGAUGUGAUUGGAUACCACCGUGUGAAGCUGUGUUGUUAUGGAUACCCCUGCCCUGUCCGAUCUCUGCUGGCUGACCAUGAGCCGUGGGUUCUCCGCUAUGGUAGAAAAUAUUUUUUUUAUUACAAUAAUUUACUGUUUUGAAUCAUGAAAAUGCCACCGUGUCCAUCCCCUCCCUUGUAAAUAGCCGUGUAACUCAAUUUUGAUCAUGUUUUGCCUUUUAUUAAGGAAUUGUAAAUGAAAUCAUGAGCUAGUUUAUCUUUGUGCUAGUGCAUCAAAAUUAAAGGGCCCUUGUUUGUUUUCCAUCCGGAUUUUAUUGGUCCGCAGCAAAGCUUCUUCAUUUAGUCCUGAUUGUUUAAUUUAUCAUGCUCUUGGUUGUACGCUGAGUUGUCUAAAGCUAUACUUUGUAAAAUUUGUCACAAAUGGACAAAACGAAAACUAUAAUCGUUCUAGAUUUGUUGCAACCUUUCGGGUUGUACGUUUUAUUAUUCUUCAUCUGCGUCUGCCAUCUAUUCAAUUGCUUCAUCCUGGCAAUACAUCUGUGCAUAUGACUGUAGAUGUGUAUAUUUUUGGGAUGUAAUACGGUGGGGCUGUGUGGCUGUAUUCAAAACAAGGUGCUUGAGAGCCUUUCACAUGGUUUCAGAGCGAACACCCUUCAUGAGAACAUAUUGUCCCACUCACUAAAUGCAUUUUUAAGGUGGUUGGCUCCCUUGAAUGUCCUCGGUGCCCCUGUUGGAAACCAACUGAAAAGGUACGAACACAUGGUGUUAAAUGCCACUAGCCCUCCACACGGGGAGUUAAAGAGACGAGUAGGACGGAGGCACUGAGGCGGGUUGUUAUGCUUUGCUCCAGCAGCCUCCCUCUGUCCAAUGACUGCACAUCACUGGGUUUGAAAAUAUAAAGGGCUUCACAGGCCUAAAUAAUCCUAUUACUUCUGGUAGAAACCAAUUUCCAUAAGGGUUUUAUUACUUGAAAGUCUUUGUCUAUCAUUUAUGGUAAUAAAAACGUUUGAUGUGCAUAACAAAGUGGUUCACUGGUCUUAUUCAAGCUGGGUUUUUUUCUUUUUUACAGGAAAUCUCUAGUGGCAACAGAAAAUAAUACCAUAAGAGGUUGGAUUUGGCAGAGUAUGCACGAGAUAUUGUCCAUGUUUUCCCUGUUUGUGCUUUAGAGGAUGUGAGUUACUUCACUAAGUGAAAUGGUAGGAUGUAUUUGCCUCUGGGAGAUGGGCCCGAAGGGUACUGUUGGUACCCGUGACGUCACUUGACUGAAACAUGGCA